AUGACUUCACCACAUGUGCAUACCAUAUUAAAAUCUUUAAAGGGAAUAAAACAGUAUUAUACAUGUGGCGUUUGUUUAGAAAUGUGUAAAAAACCGGUCAUCUUAAAAUCCUGUUUUCAUUUAAUUUGUGAAGAACACUUCGAGAAAUUAGACAAAUGUCCUACGUGUCAUACACGCAUAACAGAAAAUGAGGCCUUUAAGGACGACAGCUUGGAAGCUUUUAUUCAUUCUGCUAAAGAGCUAGAUAAAUUAUUUGCCCCCUUAAAAAUGAAUUUAAGUACGUUACAAUCGUCUAAGUCUAAGAUAGAUGACAGCGCUACCACCGAUGUAAAUACAAGAAUUGCUAAAAUGAUAAAAUCCAAAGCAGAAGCUAAAGAAAAUACUAAAGUUUCUACAAAAUCUAAUGAAAAAAUUUCAAAAAUCGAAAAUCUAGAUGUUGCAAGCUCCUCCAAAAGUGAGACUGCUUCAUUUGUCUGUUGCCCUCUUGAGGUGAGUAAGGCAGCGGAAUCGCUCAAUGAGGGUAACAAUCCAAAUGCUUCACUUCUAUCUGUUGCAAGCUCUUCAAAAUUGAAUAAUACUUUUGAAAUAUGUCACAAUAAACAUACGAAAAUUUCAAAAAUUGAAAAUCUAGAUGUUGCAAGCUCCUCCAAAAGUGAGACUGCUUCAUUUGUCUGUUGCCCUCUUGAGGUCAGUAAGGCAGCGGAAUCGCUCAAUGAGGGUAACAAUCCAAAUGCUUCACUUACAUAUGUUGCAAGCUCUUCAAAAUUGAAUAACACUUUUGAAAAACGUAACAAUAAAGGCAAGACUGCUUUACAUUUAGCUUGCUGUCUUGGGAAAGUUGAUAAAGUGGUAGAGUUGCUCAAUAAGGGUGCUAAUCCAAACACUAAAGAUAAUGCAGGGUGGACACCCCUCCAUGAAGUUGUCCAGAAUGGUAGACUUGACUUGGUCAAGUUAUUGCUUCAACACAACACUCUCAUCAAUGUGCCUGGUCCGGGUAAUGAUACCCCGUUACAUGAAGCAGUGAGAUACAAGCAUAAAGAUAUUGUUGAAGAGUUAGUUAAAUAUGGUGCUCAUUUAUAUGCAAUAAAUUGCAAAGGUCAGACACCUAUACAGUUAGCCUCUAAUGACAUUAAAAAGAUAUUGGAGGAAGCUGCUGAAAAUAUAUUACAAACGCUAGGUGCUAAUGUGACUUACAUAUCUAAACAUCUAUCAGAAGUUGAUUUCGAUGACAUAAAGAUACACUGUAUCUCACAAUUUCGUACAGUUUACAAUAAAUUAAAAAAAUUAUGUAAACAUCAUAACAAUAUGCAUAUUGAGCCAAAAUUCACCGAAAAGGUUACACAUUUAUUAGUUGACACCGAAGAUGAUGGAGUGUGUUUACCCAAUUUAGAUGUUUUACAGGGCAUAGUUUAUGGAAUUUGGAUUUUAUCAUCUCACUGGGUAACAAAAUCUACAAAAGAGAAAUUGCAACCAUUCGCCGAGUAUGAAGUGAAAGGAGUGGGUUCUCCCAAAUUCAAUGGCCCUAAAAAUGCUAGAUAUAACAAAUAUAAACAGCUUCCCGGCCUUUUCAAUGGUUGUCAUUUUCAUUUGCACAAUUUUAACACUAAUUAUGAAAUUUCUGAAACUAUUAUCCUGAAUAAAACAAUACUUUCUAAAUUAAUAACUGAUGCUGAUGGUACUAUUCUCAGACAGGUUCCGAACCCUGAAUUAAUUCCAGAGUCAGAGAAACUGGUGCCGUAUCAUGCAAAGAAGGGUGGAAAAUUGGAUAUGUGUUCCCAUUACAUAAUUUUCAAAGAUAUGUAUGAACCAAUGUACAAUAUGAAACACAUAAAAGCAUUGCCAGUCAGUUGGUUAAUUGAAUGUAUCGAGAAAUAUGAGCUUUUUGAACCUGAGUAA